UGAUGAACUCUAUAUAUACCGCUCACACAACAUCGUUAGGCAUCAGGAGGCCGACACAGAGGUGAUUUGAGGAUAGGAGAAAAGUCAUAGAAGAUGGCGAACCAGUGGAGAUGCACCUUGGUACUUUUGGGAGUCCUACUUGUUUUGGGCAUAGAAGCCUCAUCCCGGCACAUGGAUGACUUCAUCAAGGCCCUGAAAGAGCUGGAGGACAGCAAUCCUGAUCUGAGGCCUGUAGAUUUACUGAGGGCCAUGCGUAAUGCAGCUGGCCUCUCUGACCCUUUGAUCCAGCACUACCUUGGAAAACCCACGUCUGCUUCUCCCCUCCACUCCAGUGUGUCUAAAUACCUGAUCUCCGCUCUUCAGUACAACAUCACUGACAACAAUCAAGAAGUUGGCGUUGUAUUCACUAGAGAUGGCACCACUGUGGCAUUACGGCCUCUUCUUCUGGGCAUUGAAGCUGGCUUUUUCCACAGACUUUGGUGGGAUGUCCAAAGCUCUUCUGUAACCACAGAAUCACCCCAAUAUGAAGAGCUAGGCCCUGAUGGUUGCUGGGACAACCUUACCAAUCCUCAAAGAUUCACUCUCACACACAAGCCAAAUUUGCUCACUACUGCCCAGGUCAACGGAGGAAUGGAUGGCGUCAUCUUGGCCCGUGAAGCGCUCAAAUCUCCAUCUCUUAAGCUCAGUGCUUUGUUGUCGCUGUACUAUAACCACCAGCUGGAUGAAAGAGGCUUGGACGCAGCACCACGCAUCAUCAGCCGGCGCCGCAGAGACAACUUCAAAGAGUUGAUGGAGAGCUCUGAGGGGAGCCUGGGUGUCCUGAGGAUGGAGGCAGUGACUACAGUUGACAUGCACAGAAGAAUGAAGGGGCAAAAGAGCAUGAACCUGCAGGAGAAGAAGCAAAUGAUGGCUGUGAUUAACAACAGGGUCAAGGAGCUACUGCAAACCUACGCCGACUGCGCUCCCAUUAUCAAGCGCUGCACAUGGGGCGCAGAGCCGUACAGGGGCACACCCACCUACCUGGGCCUGCCCCUGCGCUACCUGUACAUCCACCACACUGCCCAGCCCAGCCAGCCCUGCCUCACCUUCGACCAGUGCGCUGCAGACAUGAGGUCCAUGCAGCGCUACCACCAGAACACCAACGGCUGGGCUGACAUCGGAUACAGUUUCGUUGCUGGUUCUGACGGUAACCUCUAUGAAGGCCGUGGAUGGAACUGGAUGGGAGCGCACACUGCAGGACAAAACUCCAUUAGCUAUGGUGUUGCCUUCAUAGGAGACUACACCAGCGUCCUUCCCUCGGGACAGUCGUUGGAGCUGGUGAGGAAUAAGUUUACCACCUGCGCUGUGCGUUUGGGUAACCUUGUGUCCUCGUACAUUGUGCAUGGACACAGACAGGCGUCUGCAACCUCCUGCCCCGGAGACGCUCUCUACAGGCAGAUCCAGUCUUGGGAGCACUUUGGGUACUAAACCAUCCAAAAAAGAACAACACUUAAAUAAAACAUAAUGCAACAAAAA